AUGCUUCAAGUUUUUGUUUCAUUAUUUAUUCUCGGGUUUGCUACAUGUUGGAAAGACGGCGAAAAGCCAUAUCUCACGUUUGUUGAUCAAAACUCCGAGAUGGACUCGUACUGUACAACACUUGGAAUUACAAUAUCCGACCAAGGAAUGUUGGUGACUAAUAUGUCUACCACUUGGUUAGUUCUUCAAAAUGUACAUAUGAAUGUCACUGUAAGAACCACACAAUCGUCCAAUUUAGAACAUUAUUUAUUCACUAAAUGGAAUUGCAACGAUUUUUCAAAUGUAGAGAACAAAUUUGACUCUUCGUUAUCAAGUGGAGGAGAAACUGGAAUUGCUCUCAGACAGUGGAAUGAAGUCCUAUCAUUAAAUUGUAUUAACGGACUCAAGUUCACUUUAUUGGAUUCUAAAAGGGCAUUCUACAUUGAAAAGUCGUAUUCUUCAGAUAGUACAAGUGAUCAUAUGGCUUACUAUCCAAUAUACUUCGGCUCAGACCCAGUAUAUCUAACAGUGACUAUUCACAAUAUCAACGUCAUCCCAAAAACGUACGUUAUAGAAGAACUUAGGUGCGUCUUUUUUGCUUCGGCUACGAAUAACAUUACGGAAAACAUUUUUUAUUUGGAGAAGAACCAAGACAUGAACAAGAAUGUUGGUGAAUCUGCUGUACAGUGCAAUGACUUUCAAAAGCGGUAUAUCUGUCACAACUCUUCUGUGAGUAUAGAGAAAUCUAAAUGCAUGGAAAGUAGUAAAGACUGGAUUGAUAAGGGGAACUAUGAGAUAGAUCUUGUAUAUCAAUACAUCAAAACCGGGUUGAGUAAAAAUGUGAUUGAAAAGGAUCUUAAAAUCAUCAAUUACUUGUUUGAAAAGACAGAGAGUUUUGAGUUUGACUCGAACAAAAGAGUUGAGAUUGAGAAUUUUGAAAAUGUUAUGCAAAAUGUUAUUUUUAGUGGUUCGGGCCAAUUUUACAUCGAGAAUUUCCAUUACAAAACUAUUGAGGUGAUCAAGACGAAAGGCGGCGUUUUGUUGGAAAUUGCUCAACUUCAAGGAAAUGUCACGUUUCUUUUACAAGGAGGCGAAAACACGGAAUUCACUGUAAAAACACUUCAGUACAAAAGUGGUGACAUUUCCAUCGAAAAUGUUGACUUUGAUUCAAUUGUUAUAAAUAAUAGUACAAUCAACAAUAUAAGUAUAGUACAAGGAAUUGUCAAUACAAAAAACAACAUCCAAAUUUUUUCAAGCAAAAAAGACGAGGUGGUCAGUCUUUUUGUUGACAGUAAAAAUGCUGCAAACACUCUUCCACCAAUAACAUUUUUGGAUCAAAAUAUUAUUCAUGUCAUAGGGGAAGUCACAUCAAAUACAGACUUUUGUGUCGACGUGGCAAGCACCAUACCGGGAUCGCAGCUCUCCGUUGUUGAAAGUCAAACCGUUAAAAUGUUGAGCCAAAAGAGACUUAUUAGGUUCUGCAAAACACUUUUUGAUGACUCUGUUUUAUGUCACAUGAACGCAACAAUUUAUGAGGAGAGUUAUGUCAAGAAUUUUCCAUUUACACUGCCGCAUUGCCCGUGUGAUGGGGAAAAGUGUACCAUAUCUAUACUCCCAACAAAAAGUGUUAAUUUGAAUAACAAAAGAAUUAACGCGGUUUUGCAAUUAACGAGCGAACAAGUGAAUAUAGUUCAUACUAACUAUAUUUAUAAUUUGGCAACGAACUUAACAAAAAGUGUGGCAUUAUUUAGCGAAGACGUGGAACUUGGAAAUGUCAAUGAAAAUGUUGAUGUAAUUAAUGAAGCUGGAAAUACUAUAAUAAAUGGUAAAAUAAUUAAUAACGUAACCAUUUACAAUACCGUGACUGUGACAAACGAAAAUGUGACGAUCAACACUGUUAAAAAUGUGAACACGAAAUUAUUUAUAUCGAAGAGUGUCAAGUUUUUUCAAAUUUACGAUUUUGGAGAUCAAAACGAAAAGAUAACGUUAUUGGAAACCGAAGAAACGACAGAUCCCCUUGUUAUCACUUUGCAAAAGAAAAACUACGGCUUUGUUGAGAUACUAUCAAGAAGGCCAAUAACACUUAAUGCGAAUAUGAAUAACAUUUCUAUAGUAUCGGAUACUCGAAUUAGUUAUAGCAUUAGUAUUGUGAAUAGUAAAACUACUAUUGUUAUAACAAAACAAUUCACUGGCGUUUCUUUAUUAAAAACCACAAAACGAACUCUCAUCGGUUUUAAUAAACAGAACACAAACAAGAGUGAAAGUUUGGGUGUUUCUCUUGAAUUUUCAACGAACAAACUGUGCAAAUUAGCGAAAAUUACAGAUGACAUUUAUUCCUGUGAAAUGUGUGAUUUUGAAAGAUCUGAUCAAAACGAAAUCACAAAGGAAUGCGAGGAGAUUGA